AUGUCCGCAACAGAUCCCGGGUUGUCGGCCUCCGGCUCAGACGCGCCGGCGCCGAGCUCAUCACCACCGCCCAGCACCAACCUACAACCCGUCACCUACGCUAUCAUCCCGCUCGUCACGCUUGCGUCUAUAUUCCUCGUCGGAGUAUUUGCGUACAUGCGGCGGCGUCGUGGUCCGCGUCUCGACGGCGGCAUCAGCGACGAUGGCGGCGAGGCACAAAUGCAGGAGCGCCGUCGGGGCGGCCGGGACCGCGGGGCCGCAGCGGAUAAUUGGCCACCGGGGAGUAUCAAUCUCCGCUGGUGGUUUCUACGCUCCAACGAGGGCCUCAAUGAGCUCGGCGAGGCACCGCCGCCGUACGAUGUGCCUAACCGGCCUAGAAAGGCCGUGACGGAAGGUAGCGCCAGCGCGACCGACGGAGGCAGGAGUGGUGUAAUUGAAGAGGUGGAGGAGGAAGACGAGGAGGCCGAGAACGAUAGCAGGUCCCCUCGAGGCAGCGUAUCUAUACAAGAAUCAGCAAGGCACAGCGAGGAUGUUAUGCGACUCGACGGCGGGUACGGGAGACGGAGCACAGGAGAAGCCAGACGCAGCGCGGACCAGCCACGGCGUCGCAGCCAGGACGUCACGGAAAUGACCACCCGAGAAGAGCAACUACAUUUUGAUACGCGACGUAUCGAGGAAGAACCACAAGAGCCGUCCGAGCAAACACACGCACCCAUCACCCCUACUGUCCUCUCCGCCUCCCCCGCGCUGGUCCUUCUGAGUGACAGCGCGUCCCACCGACAGCAGCCUCCCUGUAACCAGCAACGCCGCGCAUCUUCAACUUCUGAUGUCUGCAGCAGCGAAUUCUUCCGCCCACCGUCGCCCGACCGGGAGCGACGGCGCACCGACCGCCUCAACCGGCGCUUGCGCCGCCUUGGCUACAGCUCCUCCGAUACGUCUCACUACCACUACCGGAGCAGCAGCGUAACCGCCGUCCAGUUGCGAGAUAUGGUGGACGGCGCGGCGCCGCCCGACUAUGAGCGCGCGCCGGCCGUCGCGGUGCCCCCGCCGGCGACCCUCCCGCCGCCGCUUGAGGCCGAUGUUCCACCGCCGUACCCGGAGCCGGUGCCGCCGCGGCGCUGGACGCGGCGCGAGGAGGAAGCGGAAAGACGGACGGGGCCGCCAAUGGUGAGGCAGACGCCCGAGAUGUACCUCCCGCAUCACCACUACCUCUUCAUGCCACCGGUGGAGCGGCACGACCACUUGUUUACGAGCUUCUCGGCCUCGCUGGAUGUGCCCCGGCACCUCCACUCGCGGUAUUGA